AUGUUCGCCCGCCUCGUUGCCCUCGCCUCCCUCGCCAUCGGCCUCGCGCAGGCGUCGACCCCACUCCCUACCGUCCACCUCGACCACGCGACUGUAAUAGGCCUCACCAACAACUCAGUGACGAGCUUCACCGGCAUCCCUUUCGCCAAGCCUCCGGUGGGCAACCUCCGCUUUCGCCUGCCCGUUCCAGUCGCCGGGUACAGCGGAACGAUCAACGCCACGCGACCGGCGGCGCAGUGCGUCCAGCUCGCGCAGGACCUGCGGGCCGAUAUGCCUGCGGAGAUCCAGACCGACAUUGCCAAGUACCUGGCCACCAUUCUGAUGCCUGCCGAUGUCCCUCAGAGUGAAGACUGCUUGACGGUGGACGUGACGGUCCCGGAGGGCACCAAGGCGGGGGACAAGCUCCCUGUGCUCGUGUCUAUUUACGGAGGCAAGGCAGUCCUAUGCGCGUGGGUCCAAGGCUCGACCGCGCAGUACCCCAUGGACACUGUUGUGCGCCGCUCUGCGGAGCUCGGUGAGCCGGUAGUCGUCGUGGCCAUGAAUUACAGGCUUCACGCAUUCGGUUUUCUGGGAGGAAAAGAAGUCAAGAAUUCAGGGGUCGCCAACCUCGGGCUGCAAGAUCAACGCCUCGCACUGCGCUGGAUCCAGAAGCACAUCUCCGCGUUCGGCGGGGACCCCACCAAAGUAACGAUCUGGGGCGAGAGCGCGGGCGGCAUGUCGGUCGGGUACCAGAUGCUCGCCAACGACGGGGACGCCGAAGGCCUCUUCCGCGCGGCGGUCGCGCAGUCGGGAUCGCCGCUCCCCACCGGCGACGUCGCGGACCUGCAGCGCGCGUACGACGCGAUCGUCUCCCGCGUCGGCUGCGCGCGCGAGGCGGACACGCUGCAGUGCCUGCGGGGCGUGCCCGUGCAGGCGAUCGUCGCCGCCGCCGGGACGCUCGGGGGGCAGUUCAGCUACCAGGGAACGGCCGGGGUGAUCAACUGGACGCCCCACGCGGACGGGGUGUUCCUGACGGACCUCCCGCAGCGGCUCAUCCUCAAGGGCGCGGUCGCGCGCGUGCCGCUCCUCAGCGGCGACGUCCUCGACGAAGGCACCCUCUUCGCGACCUCCAGCUUCAACGCCACCACCGACGCCGACUUCGCGGCGUUCGUGCACGACUUCUCCUUCCCGGGCGCGCCCGCGGGCGCGACCGCGCCGCUCCUCGCACUGUACCCGGACGACCCCGCGCGGGGCUCGCCGUUCGGGACGGGCGCCGCCGACGCGCUCGCGCCGCAGUACAAGCGCAUCGCGGCCUACCAGGGCGACCUCGUCUGGCAGGGCCCGCGGCGGUUCUUCCUCGACGCCGUCUCCGGGACGCAGCCGGUCUGGUCGUACAGGUUCGAGCGCGAGACUUUUACCGGGCUGGGGACGCCGCACGGGUCGGACUACUACGAGCUCCUCCGCGAGGCGAACGACAUGGCGGACUACCUCGUCCACUUCACGCACGCGCUCGACCCGAACGGCGCGCCGUCGAACCGGACGAUCGGGUGGCCGCGGUACGACCCCGUGCGGCGGCAGGUGCUCAGGCAGCUCGCUGGGGACGUCCCGCUGGACGUCGCGGACGACUUUGCGCGGCUGGGCGCGACGGAGGCGCUGAUGAACCUGACGCUCGCGUAUCCGUUGUGA